AUGGUUGAUAAUAAAUUCAUAUCUAUACACAAACAAUGGCAUUCGAUUCUAGGCGAAACUAUACAAGUGAUUGAACCUUAUCAUCAUGUCAAACUCUGCAAAAUCAUUGAACCUCCACGAUUACCGACUUCUAAAAGUUAUGAAACUAUAUCUUCAGUUCUUCCAUACAUUCGACAGAAAAAAAAUCGAAUGUCUCGAUUUGAUUGUGUUGCUAGUUUGUUUGCUUCCGCUGAAAGUACCGUAGGUCAAGAUAUGUUUCGAACUUUAUCUCAGUUUCCAAUCGCAUUUCCCUUAAUAAUUCCUAAAUUAGAUGAAACAGAUAAAUUUAAAGUGAUGCUUCCUUUGUUUACUGGUCCAGUUAUCAAAUGGGAAACUACACCUGGAACGAUCGUUGAAAACCACCUUUUCAAUGAUCCAUUCAAAUUGAUUGUUGCAGUUCGAAUUGGAAUAAAUAGGCAAGGAAAAAGCAUUAUACUUAAUCAAUUGAUGACUUCAAAUUCUAUGUUCUCUUCACGUUCUGAACCAAGAGCAGAAUAUGGAAUUCCACAUAUGAUUGAUGGAAGCGUUGAAUUUACUUGGUUGACUCAAGAGACAUGUAUAGUGAGUCUAUGGAAUGAUGUCUUUGAAGACUACUAUAAAAAAGGAGCGAAUAAAGAAAUUGUAUUGCUUGCAAAUUUACACGGUGAUGCUUUAAAAUAUCCGGAUCAAAUUAAAUUUUUAAGGCAAUAUCCUUCUAGUUUUUUGGUUUUUUUAAUGCCUGGGUAUACUCAAAAUCAAAUAAAUGAUUUCGAAAAACUAGUUGGUUCUAGAAAAGUGGUAUAUGGUUACGUAAAUCAUCGAAAUGUCAAAGAUAAAAAGAAAUACGUAAUCGAUACUCAUCAGUUAACGAUAGAUAAUACGUUAAAAAGAGUGCGCAUGAUGUUCAAAGAGGCAUUAGAUGCUCCAAUGUUUAAUAUUAUUGAUGAAUUAAGUCUGGGAGAAUCACUUCAAAUGUCUGAAGGUAUUGAGAAUGUUGAAUCUCAUAGUUUGAUAGAUUUUGUUAAGGACAAAAAAUGCCGGCACAUUAAAUUAAAUGUUUUUCAACUUCAAAGAAAACAACAAUCAGAAGAUGGUCUUCAAAUUUGGCAAAAUAAUAGUGAAUUACAGGAAUUAACAUACAUGUAUAAAAGGAUUUUAAAAUUACCUCUUGGUGUGAGAAUGCGAGUUCUAGCACACCUUGAAAGAGAAAUUUCCAGAAUAUCUAUGAUAGAAUCUGCUGAAGCUCGUAAUCGAGCUGUAUUAAAAAAAAAUGAACUGCGUAAAUCUAGUUUGAGCAAUAGAGGUCAAGAAAAUGAAAAAAAAAUUCGUGAAGAAAUUGCAAAAAUUUGGGAAGAAGUUGAUCAUGUGAGUUUGGGUUUAGAGCACUUUUUCCGUGAAUUGGGACAAGUUUACAAAAUUUUUUCUGUUCAUUAUCAAAAUAAUGAUAAUGAAAUUAUUACAAAAUUACCAGAACUUUAUUCAGAGUUAUUAAUUGGUGGUCAAACUAUAGAAUUACUUGAUGGAGAUGCUGGAUCUAUAUCUGAAGCUUGGUUCUCGGCAAUUUGUGGACAUAUUUGUAGAAGAUUUCCUAAACUUAAAAUUUUUGUAAUUAGUAUACUUGGCUUACAAUCAUCAGGAAAGUCCACUCUAUUAAUUGCUCUUUUUGCAUGUAGGUUUGCUGUUUCAGUCGGACGUUGUACUAGAGGUCUUUUUAUGCGACUAUUAUUUUUAGAUAAUGAUUUAUCUGAAAAACUUAAUAUCGACGCAUUUAUAUUAAUUGAUACUGAAGGACUUGGCGCACCAGAAAAGAUGGAUGAUCCAGAAUUAGAAAAGAAAGAUCGAAUAUUAGCAACUUAUGCAAUGGGUGUGAGCCAUUUAACAAUUCUUAACGUACUUGGGGAAUCUAUGCGAGACUUGACUGAAAUUCUACAGAUAGCAAUUGUCACAAUGGCACGUCUUGAAAAGGCUGGAAUGUCACCUGACAUCCUUAUGGUACAACAUAUUUCUGAAAGAAAUGUAUCAAGGCUUUCUGAACCAGAAGAAAAAUUUCGGGCAGCUCUUGCGGAUGCUUUAAAAAUAGCUGAAGAAAAAGAUAUUGAGAUGGGAAUAUCUAAUAUAGAUUGUCUUCAAAUCCUUGAUGAAAGGAUCAGAAAAGGUCAACUUCUUAAACAAUUUCGACCAUUUAAAAAUGGUGCAACUGCUUAUGCUCCACCAUCAGAGCAAUAUCAUGAGGAUGUUGUCAAUUUAUAUAAUUCUAUAAUUGAAGACUGUAAGAAAUCUAAAGACAAAAUUGAAUUUUCGGAGUGGCAUUCAUUAAUUCAGAAUUAUUGGAAUGCAGUCUCCCAUGAAGAUUUUGCUGUUCGAUUCAAAAAUAUUAAAGAAAUUUACGAAUUUAUUGAUCUUGGCAAACGAAUUGCAAGUUUAAAAGAAACCAUUGACAGGUCAUUCCAAAAACAUGAAGAAUUAAUUAAGCAAGAAAUUCGUUCUAAUCUUCAAAAUUGGUCCCCCAAUGACAUGAGUGGUAAGAAAGAUGAAAUCCAAGAUAAAUGUUUAAAUUUGAUUGAAAUAGAGCUAAAGGAGGUUCCAGAUUGUAAUAAUCAAAGUACAAACUGUGAAGAAUGUUUGAAAACCCAUAAAGAAAGAAUCGAUUUAGAUGAAUACCUUAAAAAUAAAAAGAAUGUAAAGUGUGAAACGGAAACCAUACAAACAAUUAUAAAAUACAUUAACCUCAAUCGUAAACAUAUAUCUGCAAGACUUGAGCAAUUGCUUAAAGCUAGUUUUAUCAGGAAAGGUAUUUCAUCUGAGUCUCUUGAUAUAAUCAACAAGAAUUUAGAAAAUAUCUUAAAAAGUGUGCCAAAUUGUAAAUUUUCCGAUUAUGAUCGUAAACAAAAAGUUGAACAAGUGUGGGAUUCACUUCGAAAUCAUAUAUCAUCGAGAGAAAAUGUCAUAUCGAUAGCAAAAGAAAUAGAUAAAGAGGUUGAAAAGGAGUAUUGUUCUAACUCAGAUCUUUUUGGUAAAUACAAAGGCAAUAUUCUCCCAGAUUUAUCUAAACACAAAGCAUAUAAAAUUUAUAAAAUUUUUGAUAUAUAUAUUGAAUCGAAUGAGCUCAAGAUUCUCCAGAAUAAGCUUGAUAAUUUGAUAGAUAUAAUCUUUAAAGAACGAGCUGCUUAUUGUUUUUAUCAAGGAAUUGUUCGUGAUCUCAGAAAAGAAAUAUCCAUUAUUUUACAAGAUUAUUUGCUCGAUUUCAAAUGGAAUGGCCAUUUAUAUGCUUUGUUGAAGUUUAAACCAAAAAUGAUAAGAUUUCAAAAAGAAUGGGAUAAAGAAAAUACACCACUCGGCAUGCUUGAUCAAAAGAAAGAUGAAUAUUUAAAGAUAAUUGAUACUCGGCUUCAAUAUGGACAUAGGUUAAUUGCUGAAAGCCAUAUUGCUGGGGAUUACUUAUUGAGUGUUAUUUAUAAAAAAGCAAUGACUGCGGGAAAUCGUGUACGAGUAGAUGAAGUGCUUGGCCUUUCUUGGUUGACCAAUGCCGAAACAAUCAGACUCAAAUAUUUUGAAGAACUUGCUAGUCAAGUUUAUGCUGGUAAUAAAAAAGAGGCUAUAGAAUACUUUUUGCGUCCAAAAUUGUGCAUAGAAACUUGGUUCAAAAGUCAGGUUAAUUGUCAUACAAGUGGAAAACCAAAAAAAAAAUAUGAAGAAACCUAUAAUGCAGAAUAUAAACGAGUCUUACAGGAAAUUCGAAAUUGCCAGAAUUUUGAGGAUUUAAAAAAAUUUAUAAACGAUUAUAUGUCACAAGUUGAAAAUGUGGACUACAAAUUUGACCUUAAUGGAACAGAAAGUGAUUUAAAAAUGUUGCGUGAAAAUAUAGAGAAAAAACUUACAACUAAAGGAAUUCCAAGAAAUGACUUUCAAAACCCGUCCGACGAUAAAACAGUUAUGGGAAGGAUUGGGUGUACGGAACCAUGUUUUUGGUGUGGAGCUUUAUGCUGGGGAAAUCGAGAUCAUCAUAAUGAUAUUAGUUCAAUAAAAAUACAUCAUACUAGUCAUCAACCCAAAGGACUUGCACGCGUAACUAUGCGAAACUCAGGUGAACUUAUUUCUGCAUCAUGUCAUAAUUUAGGGAGUACUUGGAAUGUGUGGUUUCGUGGUAAGGGCCCAAUAAAUUGGGAAGUUGCAAAAACUAAUGAUUUUAGUGAUUGGAAAUUUGACGCUCACUGUAUUUAUCAUUUUAACGAUCUUAUGUGCUGGUUUUUUGCACAGUUGCAUGAAGAUUUGGCAAAACAUAGAAAUGAUGCAAGACCAGCAUCUUCUAACAGUUUGAGGGAAUACGGUUUUGUUGAAUUAGAUUAUAAUAGUAUUAUGAGCAAACUUAGAACAUCAAUUAAAUAA